AUGCAAACUCCAUUCGCUCGCGAUUGCACAGCUCUGACUGUCAAGACGAGCCAACUGUUGUGGCGUCUCGAGGGUCGAGUCUCGUCUGCAAAGCAGUUGGCCCGGCAACCGUGUGCACGACCACCCGAAGAAGAGUGUAGAGUGAAAAGACGCUCAUCGACUUUGUCCUUCUCCUCCAGCCUACCCUGCAACCUUUCAUGUAUGAUUUAA